CUAUGAUCUCUUCAGACACAUGAAGCAGCGGCUCGGAUAUUUUCAACCAACGAAAACAAAUCUGCAGCAAAUUCAAACCAGAGACACGAGAGAGGGAGAUAGACAUACAGCUGUGAGAAGUUAGGCCAUCAAGAGAUCUUGUCAAUAUGGAUGAUAUGGAAGAUGACACCACGAUCAUCUCCACGCUAAAAUCUUUUAAGAGUUUGAUAUCAGAGCGCUCUGUACUGGAGGCCGAGCCAGCCUAUGGCAGAAGUGACCUUCAGAAACUUUAUACUAAAAGAGUGGAGAUGGAGGAGGCAGCCGAGCGCAUCCGUUCUCACACCAGCCUGCUCCAGCUCACUCAAGAGAAACAGCAGAUGGAGCUCAGUCACAAACGGGCCCGUAUCGAGCUGGAGAAGGAGGCAAACAGCAGCUCUAGAGACUUACAGAGGGAAGUUGACCGUAACCGGGAGUUGCUGAUGAGGAUCAAACGUCUGGAAGAAAGAGAAGAGAAAGCAAAGCAAACUCUUAAUGAACAAGUGGACAACAACAAGACUCUAAAGCGUAACCUUGAGGAUCUACAGAAGAGAGCAAGUGAGAAAGACAGCAAACUUACAGAGGCAGACCAGACGAUCAGUGAGUUGAAAGACGAGACACGGAGGCUCAAUCAACAGAUCCAGAUUCAGGAGUCCAAAUUCUCCACUCAGAACCUGGAGAUCCAGGCCCUGCAGGAACAACUGGAUGUGCAGCGCAAGAAAUUCCAGGACCUGAGUCAGAAGUAUCAGAACAUGCAGUCAUCUCAGUCCAUCAGCACAGAUAGUGAACUUAAGAUUAAGGAGCUGGAGAGGCGUUUGGCUUUGCAGGAGCAAGACUCUGUGAUCGUGAAGAACAUGAAGUCUGAAGUGGCCAGAUUUCCUGAGCUGGAGCGAGAGAUUAAACGCCUGCGGGAGGAGAACUCUUUCUUACGAGAGACGAAAGAGAACAGCAGCCUGCUGAAAGAAGAGACGGAGGGCCUGAGGAGAAAAUUGGAGAGAAUGGAAAGAGUGAUGGAAGAGAAACUUAAACUGGAGUUAGAGAAAGAGAAAUUGGAACAUGAACUAAAGGCAUGGGAAAACAUUGGCCAGAUCACAGGACUUAACAUUAGGAAACCUGAGGAUUUAUCCAGGGAGGUGAUACAGAUUCAACAGCGAGAACUCAACCUGAAACAGCAGAACUACACACUCAAUAGCAGUUUUCGCUCUGUCGAGAAGGCCCGUGCCGAGCUGGUCCCCGAGGUGUCUCAACUACGUGCCAAAGCUCAAGAGGAGCAGAAGAAACGAGAGAACCAGGAUGCCCUAGUCCGUCGUCUGCAGAAAAGAGUCUUGCUGCUCACAAAGGAACGAGAUGGAAUGAGGGCCAUAUUGGAGUCGUACGACAGCGAGCUGGUCACUAGUGAAUAUGCGCCUCAGCUCUCACUACGGGUCAAGGAGGCGGAGGAAAUGCUGCAGAAAGUCCAGGCCCACAACACUGAGAUGGAGACUCAACUGUCCAAAGCCCAAGAGGAGGUAGGGACCUUCAAAUUACAAGCUCAGAUGGUGGCUGCAGAACUCGAGGCUCUUAAAGAGCAGCAGAUGUCUAACGCUGAAAAAAACACCUUAGCAACAGCAGAGGAGGCCGGUGCUCUCAGGCAGAAGAUUGAGGAAUUAGAAGCAGAACGUCAGCGACUGGAAGAGCAAAACAACAUCUUGGAGAUGCGACUGGAGAGGCAUAACCUGCAGGGGGACUAUGAUCCAGUGAAGACCAAAGUCAUCCACCUGCAGAUGAAUCCCACCAGCAUCGCCAAGCAGCAGCGCAAUGAAGAGGCAGAGCAGCUGAAGGCCGAAUGUCAGCGUUUGAGGGAGCGUCUCCGUAAAAUCGAGGCGGGCGGGGGUUUGGCGACAGAUGAUACCAUACUAGUCAUUCCACCUUCACAGGAAAUACUGGACCUGCGUAAGCAGAUGGAAAGUGCAGAACUGAAGAACCAGCGCUUGAAGGAAGUGUUCCAGAAGAAGAUCCAGGAGUUUCGCACUGCAUGCUACGUUCUGACCGGGUACCAGAUCGACAUCACUGUGGAGAACCAGUAUCGGUUGACAUCUGUGUAUGCUGAACACAUGGAAGAUUCUCUGCUUUUUAAGUCUACUGGUCCAGUCGGCAGUGGCAGCAUGCAGCUGUUGGAGACGGAUUUCUCCCGCACACUAACCGGACUGGUGGAUCUGCAUCUUUUCCAUCAGAAGAGCAUCCCAGUGUUUCUCAGUGCAGUCACCAUCGAGCUGUUUAGCCGCCAGACUGUCAGCUGAUUUACCCAUCAUUCCAAGACCACACAGUGUUCAGGGAGCUUGCACACACGCACACACACAGUGUUUAUCAGUUAGACAUUCAGUCACAACUACAAAACCAUGUUAAAAGAGUUUCAGGGACAUUUAAACAAAGUACAAAACUAGAAGGGUGUGCUGACGAAAUGGUACAGCUAUAAUUGAGUCUAAGCGAAACUGGAUUCAAAGAUUAAAUGUCACCUGUAGAUUUCAUCUACAAUCCUAUAGACUAAAUAUUGUAGGUGCCCAUCUCUUAUCUUAAGUGUGUGGGAUUUUUGAUCACCAAACCCUGGAUUGCCAUUAUUUGGUUUGCUGUGGUGUUAGUAACCUUUUUAAUGAAAUAAAGAAAUAUAAACUUUCA